AUGGAGUACUUCUACAGGUCAAACGCGGCGGAGAUCACGCCGCUGAAGGCGGCGCUGGUGAACCUGGUGUCGUCAUGCUUGAUGAGGGAGCCGCCUUUUGAGGCGACGCGGCCUGGAAAGCUCCCCGUGAUCACGGCUCCCGCCACACGUGCCCCGACGGCGGAUGAGGCUGCGGUAGAUGUAGCGCCGGCGCCAGAGAACGACGGUGCGUCUACGGUGGCACAGAUGCGUGAGCUGGUGCAUCUCAUCUCCCGCCAAGAUGGCGAAUUUGUGUUAAAACUGGCCCUCUACGCCCGCCACGAACUGCACCUGCGCCGCUCACCGAGCUUCCUCGUCGCGCUCUGUGCGAGAGAGCCGAACUGCAUUUCGCUUCUGCAGCCGUACAUGGAGAAGAUUAUCGUGCUUCCGUCUGAUUGGCUAGCGGUCGCUAACUUUGCGUACUUCCACGACUGCGACGCCGCCCACGACUACGCUGGAACGCUGACGUACUCGGUAAAGACUGAACGCGAGGCUCACGCGACCGCGUCUGUUGCCCCCAGUGCUGCAAAGCGUUCCCCAAGCUCUACCGGCACGCGCAGUCCCGAACCUUCGGCCGUCGAAGCACGCAGCGGCAGCAGUGUCGGCUCCCAAGGCGCCGAUCCGCUAGCCAGCAGGAUUGGCGCGAAGGCGAGGGGUGAUCGCCACCAAGGCGCGGCAGCCCGCGACCCGACACGCUCCUACAUCCCCGCGGCGCUGCGCAGCGCCCUAGUGAGCACCUUCGCGAAGUUCUCCGUCUUCUCCAUGGCCAAGUAUGACAACGAAGCGGCAGAGCACCGCACCAAGCGGCGCCAGAUCAGACGUGAUCGCGCGGCCGCCGAGGCAGCUGUGGUCGCGUCGAGCAUGACUGACCCAGCUGAGUCAAGCGCCACCUGCACCCGGCCUGCCGCGCUGCCGUGCCGAGCCUGCCCACAAACCUUUACCUUUAAGCAGCUCAUCCGCAUGCUGCACAUCACUGAGCCAGCGUACAUUGUGUGCUGCCUCCUGGGCAAGCGCUACCCGACCAACGCGGAUGACUUCCGCCGCAUGCGGCUACAUCUCACCGAUCCCACAUGGAAGAAUCCGGCACCGCUGACGGCAGGGGUCACAUCCUCGGCGAAAGGCGUCCGCGCCGCGAAGGACACCUACGGUCGCGCUAUCCUUGGCGAGGGCGGCCGCGAGGGCGCGGAUGACAGCCACGAGGACAGCGCGGCGCUGCCCUUUUGCGUCUUCGACGCGCGCCGCGCCGGACAGCGCAUGCACCUUCCCGUGCCAGUGACUUGGGAGACUCAGCUGUCCAAGAAGGGCAACACCGGCCGCGUCUGGGACGCGUUGAUCUCGUCCGACGCCGUGCCGUACAUGGCCCUUCUGCGCAACCUGCGGAACAUACUCACACGUCUGUGCUCGGCCUCGACACACAAGCGCGUGCUGGAUAAAUUAGUCGAUGAGCAGCAAGUCGCCGCCAGCCAGCAGCUUCCCUAUCGCUUCUACAGUGCUUAUCUGGCUGUGCGGCAGAUGGGCACAUUGCUGGUGCACCUGGACGCGCUGCGUGCGGUGACUCGGAAGGCACGCUUCAGAAAAGAGGUGGCCUCCGAAAGGGGCCGUAGUGGUCGUGGUGGCCGUGGAGGGGGCCGCGCCGCCGUCGCAUCGAAAUUUGCUGCCGGGGCCGUUCGCCAGACGAUGAGGGAGGCAGCCAAGAGAUUCGAACGCCCGUUGGUGCCGCGCGCGUAUCUGCGCCGUUACGUGGUGCAGUACUGUUCUGCACUCGACUCCGCUAUCAACACUUCAGCGCGGCUGAACGUGAUUCCAAUGAAAGGGACGUCCAUCGUUAUUAUCUGCGUCACAUCUGCCUUGUUCGAGCCCAUGUCCGCGGUGGGCAGGACCGCGACAACACCGGCGUCGAGCCAGCGCAAGGUGGAUGUGACAGCGCUGCUGGUGGCCAUGCUCAUGCGUAGCUGCGAGCAGUGUGUCGUGCUGAUCUACUGCUACGACGAGUACGUUGUAUUUCGGGAGAACGACCCGGAUGUGGAGAGGACCGCGCUGCAAGGGAUGUAUGACGAGGAAGUUGGCAGCCGCAGCAGUUGGGACACGGAAAGCAGCAGCAGCAGCAGUAGCAGGGGCAACGACUUCGAUAACAACGGUGCAGUUGAAGGAGACUUCGAGGCCAUGUCCAACACUCUCCGCAAGGCGAGCGCCAAGAACUCACAAAAAGGUGCGCCAGGGCUGAUGGGCCUCGUGAGCGCACUCACCGCGCGUUGCUCCUCGCUGCUGGAACGGAAGCGGGAGGAGGUCGGACCCGAUGGCGUCGCGACUUCUUUCGCCAUGUUCGCGGAUGCAGCAGAUGCGCAGUUUCCGUACGCAUUCCUUGACGAGGUCAUCGAGCGCAACAUGCGGAUCGAAUCUCUGCUUGUGUUCGAUGAGGGUGUACAUCGCACCUACGCCAACAUGAACCGCAACGCCCCUGCGUUUGGUGACCUGCCGACAUACCUGUCACGGCUGCGGCGGACAUGCAGCCCCGACUUGGUGUACGUCGGCGUGAACUUGAAAGCCUCGAACCCUCCCGCUGCGGAGGGGGUCGCCCAGGCUCCAGGGGCUACGGUUUUUCCGGUGACAGCAUCAGCUGCUGGCGCGCCGGCGCACAGGAAGCGAGGGCAGGUCUCGGAGCCUUCGGCCAAGAGCGGUGCCGCAGUGGCCUUGCAGCAGGCAGAGGUGAAACUGCGCUUCGGCCACCGCAACGAUGUCCUUCUCACCGGGUUUAGCGACUCCAUCUUGCGCCUCGUGGCGGAGCGGACCGGCGGCGGCCCGCUCGCAGUGAUCGAGCGAGCGGCGGAGACCUACCACGUGUCGCGCCUCUCUGCGCGCGCUAGUCAAGCGGCCUGGGAGGAGCGCACCAAGGCACUGAAGGUGCUGGCGGCGCUACGAGAGGGCCAUCAGUCGCACAUCGGUGGCGGCGGCGGCUCACUAGAAGCACUGCAUGCCCCGGGUGCCUUUACCUUCGACGACUGCCUCAAGCCGCUCACGCAAUCCAGCACCGCCACGACUUUUCCCAUGCAGAGCUCCUCGCACCCGAGCACAGCGCGUUCACUGGUGGCCGAAGCGAUGGCCGCGCCUGCGGUGGCGCUGCCCUUCUUCGACGGUGAUGGAAAGGCAGUCUCCGCAACAGGACGGAGCUGGGAUUGCAGCUCACGCAGCAGUGAUCGGCGGCUGCAGUGGCUGACGAGCCGCAUCGCUGGCCAACGAAGAGAGGCCAGCGAUGCGGGGACGCCAUCGAAGGGUCGCACAGCAUUGCCAAGCAUCCGUCGCCUACUCGCCAAGCCGUCGCUCUCUGAGUCUGCAGUGGCAACGCCCAGCGCCAGCGGCGCGAAGAGCAGCGCCGGCGAGGCGGUAGACCCCGCGCGUCACUGGGAUUCCGGUGAAACCCGAGAGAUCGAACCAGCGUGGCUGGCCGCCGAGGGCAAAAACGUGUCGUCUGUCUUCCACCCGCAGCCGUUCAUCUCGAUCUUGAAGCUCUUCUCCAUGUCGUCGAGCAAGCACGGCGACAGCACCACGGCGUCUGCGGCCAGCGAUGCAGCAUCUGUUGAUGCCUCUGCCACCGCAUGCGUUGCUGCCAUGACGACGCUCGCGAAGACGGCGUCCACCAAAUCCGUGGCUCGGCACCGCCUGCAGGGUCCGGCAAGCCACCCGCUGUUGCCCACCGCGUCGGCGGUGGCUCGCCGCCUUAUCACUUCCUACCGCGUGUGCCGCUUCUUCAUCUCCAGCACGUUUCUCGACAUGAACAACGAGCGCAACGCCAUCGCGCUCGACAUCUUUCCGCGGCUGCGGCGGUGGGCUGCCGAGGCGGGGCUGAAGGCAACCUUGCUGGAGGUGGAUCUGCGCUGGGGCAUUCCUGCCCUUGCGACGAGUCGUAACCUCUCGACUUCCGUCUGCCUUAACGAGGUGUCGCGGUGCAGUCCGUUUUUCAUCGGCAUCAUCGGCGCGCGCUACGGCACGAGCCCACCGACGCCGCUUCAGCUCGUGGUCGACGAGGACGUGGAUGCCGAAGACUACGCCUGGAUGCGGGAGCUUUCGGACCCGCACGUGUCUGUGACGGAGCUCGAGAUGCGCCACGCCAUGUACAACACGAAGCGCCGCGUCGGCUGCGACGGGGCCCCGUGGUCUGCGCUCUUCUUCGCUCGUGAUUCGCCACACCUCCUUUCAUCGUUCGGCCCAGCGGACUCGGCGUGCCGCGCCGUCUAUGAGGCCGACUCAGACACCUCAACCGAGGCGAUCGAACGCCUCAAGAAGCGGAUCACAGAGAGCGGAUGCAAACUUGUUUCCUACCAGGCGGCGUACAUCAGCCCCGCCAAGACGCUCCUGCCGGGCAACAGUGGGCGCAGCAGCGGAGGCGCGCCGCACCUCGCUGGAGGCUCUAUCCGAUCUGCCGCCAUGUGCAGCGGCGCGCGCGCGAUGAUGGAGGAUGACCUGGGUAGGUGGGCGGCGCGAAGCCGCCGCGGCUUCGGUGACGGCGCUGGCCAAGCCGCCUCUUCUAUCAGCGGUAAGACAAGCGAGGCGGACUCGCUCGGGGCACUCGUAACGGCCCGCAUCACCGAGUCGGAGGAGCGGAAGAGGUUAACGUCGAUGGACGUAGCGAUCGAUAUGACGGACUUCUCUAGCAAAGUGUUUCAUGAGUUGCAAGAGGUCAUCUGCCGCGUAUGCGGCGUGCGUCCGGGGCUCGACGACAGCGCAGCGGAAAAGCAGCGGCAGCAGCACGCCGACGCGUGCGUGGCGGACGUGCAUGCACCAGAGACAGACGCGAAGGCGCGUAGGUGUGCGAGAAGCGCGAGAUCCGCAGUAUCAGCAACCAGUGGGGCAACGGCUGCCGAGGCGCCUGACAUGUACGAGAUGCUCGUGGUGGCACAGAGCGAGUUCGCGCGCAAGCUGAGCGACUUGUACGCUGCGCCACGUGGACUCCUGGAGCAGCUCUCCAGCUUCGCAUUGAACGGCACCCUUGGCGUCACCGACGAGAGCGACGUGCCGAGCGAUGCCGGCGCGGUGAGGCAGAGGGGUGUCGCACCGCACGGCACCAAGCGCCAAGAGUCCGUGACACUUAUCCCCUCAUCCGAGAGCGCUUACGACACUUGUCCGGUGCGAGGCUUCUCGCUGCUCCCGCCGCAGCAGCGCGCGCAGCAUGUCAAGGAUAGCGCGAGCAGCGGAGGAGGGACUCCGUGUCAGCCGCUCGUCGCUCGUACAGGCGCGCUGGGGGGCGGCACGAGCUCCAUCCUACUCUUGGAGGGCUGCGACGGGGACGGAAAGUCGUCGGCGCUGGCGGCGUUGACAGCGCUAGUUCUCGAGCCGAUGCAAAAGGCGUCCGCGUCGGAAGCAACGCCGCGCUUCCUAUUUUACUCUACCCAGGCAGAAGACGACUCGGUGCAUGGCCUGCUUCUGUUCCUCGCGAAGUCUCUCUGCAUCUUCUUCCAGCUGUACGGCGAAGUCUCGGUGCAAGACACGGACGCCGUCGAUGAACUCCUCCUGGUGCUGGAUCACGCGUACGCCGCGAUUCAUCGCCACUUCGAGACAUCCACCGGCGACGCCGGCACGGCUACCACCGCAAGAGGAGGAAGGGGCAUCAAUGGCGGUGGGAGCGUCGCCGGUCGAGCAGCGGCGGGAGCGGGUCACGCAGCUCUUGUGGUGGUGCUGGAUGGCCUCGACAAGUCCUCCGAAGCGGCAGAGUUGGUCAGCCUUCUGGGAACGAUUUUGCAUCCGCUGGCCACGCAGCACAUCCGAUUUGUGGUGUCCGCGUGCCCGCGGUCGCCGCUAGCCCGCGCGCUGCGCACGCGUACCCCACCAGCCCACGUACUCACCGUGCCCAUUUUGAGUGAAGCUGAACGGGCUGAGCUGGUGCGGCUGCACCUCGCGAACUACGGCAAGGUCCUGGAGGAGUCCUUUACGGCAGAUGAGCUGAAGAAUCUGCUGCGCAAGAGCGGUGCCGGCCGCCCCAGCUACCUCAUCUCCGCGAUCACGCACCUUCGCCUCUUCAGCACCUUCGACACGCUUCGCGAGGACAUCCGCUUACUCCCGGCGUCGCGCGCCGCUCUGCACGAGCAGCUCUUUCAACACCUGCAGGCCCGCUUCGACCCGGCCACGUGCCGUGUCGUGCUCAGCAUUUUGCUGCUGCGCCAGCCUGUUGGUGGUGUGCUGGAGUUCAACCUUUACCGCCUCGUGUCGGACGUCGCCGCGGCGUCGCGGCUGGUGACGCUGCUGCGGGGCAUCUGCCUUGACACGCACCACGGGCGCUUGUUCAUCAAGUCGUCGACCUUCGUCGAUGCCGUCGCGCGCAGGUUUUUCCGCUUCGCAUCCGAUUACCAGUGCGUACAGGAGCGCGUGCUUCUGGCUGAGCUGUGCUACCAACCCAUCGAUGUCUCCCUCGAUGAACAGGAGGUGAAGGUUGGCCUGCGCCAGGUCGCAGAGUCGAUCCGGCGCAGCGCAGCGAACCCGCUCACGCGGCGCACGUUUGUGCCGGAGCGCUACGCGCCCCGGGAACUGCUUGGGGUGUUGCAAGGGUCGGUGCAGGCGUGUCGGCUUGAUGUGACGGCCGCAUUAGCGUGCUACCUGCCGUUUCUGGAAUGCCUGCUGGUGAGUCGCCGCAUGCUAUCGCAGCUGAUCGGGUUGCUGUCCUCCGUCGUCAGUGCAACGACGUCCGCGUCGUCCUCGGCACCUGGCGCACCAACUGCUACGGGGGCGGCAGAGGCAGAGGACGACGCGGACGCAGAGGACAGCGGCAGCAUCCGCCCGUUGGCGAGCUACCGUGCUCUGGCGCUUCCGUGGCGGCACUACCGAAGCGACAUUCAGCAUCUUGGCUACGUGCUGGAAAUUUUGCAGAAGAACCAUCACGUGCUCCUGCGCCAGCCUGCGCUGCUGCGUCAGUGCGUGUGGAACACUGUCGGGCCGGCGAUGUGCAUCAGUGCCUACGAUGCAGCCUCGACAGCGCGCCUGCGGCACGCAUUGCAUCGAAUGACCACCACCAGUAAAAGCACCGCCUCUUGCGAAGUGCAGGUGGACCCGCAAGGUGAACGUCGACGCUCUGAGGAUGCCGCGCUGCACAGCCCUGCAGCGCGGUCCCCCGACAUGCCCACCUUCUCCGUGCUCUCCACGAUGUGGGUUCACUGGCUGAAUGCGCGGCAGCACGGCGGCGAGGGUCGCGUAAUGCUCACGACUGUCUCCCCGCAGUCGAUACGGUGCAUGGCGAUGAGCCCGGAUGGGACGGAGGUAGCUGUUGGCGGCGAUGACGGCAUUCUGCGCCGCAUGUCAGCGGACGAGGACGAGCAACAGCAGCUGCAGCAGUCACAGCUGGCACCGAAGGGGACUGAGAGCGCGGGCAGUGCCGGCGUUGUGGGACGGCGUCGUGUGGCAUCGACGCUGCGGCAUGAAUCCGCCGUCACCUCUGUGCUGUACGUGAACCCUCGCACUGCCGGUGGUCCAACAGCAGGCACCAACGGCACAGGCGCACCGGCUACCUUGGCCGCGCCUACUGGGGUGGCGCAGCUACUUGUUUCGGGGUGUGCUCGCGGCCUCUUGUACGUGUGGAGCCUUGAAGAUAACUCUCUGCUGCAACGCGGCACUGGCCACCUUCGAGCCAUCAGCGGGCUUGUGUGCCAUCCGCUGGAGCCGUUGGUGCUGUGCUCUUGCAGCCACGACUCGCUUAUCAUGCUCUGGGGCGUCGGCGCUGCAGAGGCCACGUCGAGGCUGUGUAGCGAGGUCCAGGCCGCGUUGGCCCUGCGCAUGCCCAAGUACCCGGCCGACUCUGCAGAGCGGCUCCAGCACGAGCGGCUGCAGCAAAGGACGAGUGAGGAGAAGGGCAACGGCGAGCUGUGCGUUGGCGGUGGUGGCGCUGGGUCAACCGUGGUGUGGCGGGGCAUCCCUGGGUGGAGCACCGGCAUCCGCAGCAGGCAGACGCCGUUCCAGGCAUCGCUCAUGCCAUUCCACACGGAGCGGCAACACCACACCCCUGUCGCAGCUAUUGCCUUCCAUGGCUCUGGCGACAUCUUUGCCAGCGGCAGCUGGGACGGCGUUCUUGUGCUGCACGACACCCGUGAACUAUGCGCGCCAUCAUCAGCGAUUACGCCAGAGAUGAAUGUCCCAUGCGAGCCACCGAAUCAGACCCGCCUCACAAGUCGGCGGUCACGCCGCGCCAAGGUGGUCUGGCGCACCCGACGCGGCCCAGAGCGUCGGCAGGUCACGUUUCAGUCGAUGGAGUUUGAGUUGGGCUCAUCGGUGCGUGCGCUUUCUUUUGCAAACUCGCUCGCCGUCACCUGCGUUGUUGGCUGCCACAAUGGCACGGUGGUCGUGGUGGACCACGCCUCUGCGGCGGUGGUGGCGCGGUGGACAUCGCUGCACUCCGCGCCGGUCACGCGGCUCACCACAUCGUUGGACGGCCGGUGCGUGGCCUCGGCCGACGAGCACGGCGUUGUGCGCUUGACGCACACCGGCAUCACUGGAUCGGUUUUUGCCACCUUUAACGGUCACCAUGGCGCUGUCACCGGCUUGUGCUUCCGUCCACCGCGCGCAGGCCACGGCGAGGACGUCGCUGGUGGCGCCGAUGCCCUGCAAGCACCUCCAGUGUGGCUGCUCACCGCUGGAGAGGAUCGUACGUUGCAGGCAUGGCGAGUGGACAGCAGCGGCAGCGGCAGUUUCAAGACGCAGACAGCCACGUCGAGGCGCCGUCUGAUCGCCGCACACUGCACGGCGGUGACGGCGGUAGCGUCGUCGCGCGACGGCCAACUGGUCGUCACCGGUUCCGCAGACGGAACCGCGAUCGUGUUUCGGGUGCCAGAGGAAAUCGACGAUGAUGACGACAUCGUCUACAGGGGGGCAUGUGGGGCGGCAACGGGCAUGGACUGUGCUGGCACCACCGCAUGGGAUCGUCCGAAAGCGGUGGGAAAGAAAGCGAGUCCGGAUUCCUCUACUGCGGCGGGCAACGCGCAGACGACGCUUCCGCUGAAGCCUGCCUUCACGCUGAGGCACGACGACUGUCGUAUUACGUGCAUCCGUCUCGCACUGCGCGACACUCGAAUCGUUGUUGGUGUGGUAUUCGGCCUUGUGUACGUGUGGUCGUCGUCUCCAGGGUUGAACCAGGUAGAGGGGCGCCUGCUGCUUCGCGUUCGCGUGCCGGAGCAUGGCUUGUACCCCGUCGUCUCGCUGAGCAUGGUGGAGCGGUGUAGUGCGACUGCGAUGAACGGCAAUCGAGGGAAAGCCGAGGCCCGCAAGGGCGGAAUCGCCCAGCAAACCCGGGGCGCAGAGACGACGUUGCCGCUCGCUAACCCGCUGCAGCCAGCGCGCACGCACACACGCAGCAGCGCUGUCACUGCCGCCAUCGCCGUGUCGUCUCCGACGGAGAAGGAGGAUGAGAGCAGCACACUCGUGACAGCCGUGUGCGCCAACGGUGACGUGGCCAUCUUCAAGCUGCUUAGCGACGCUGCCUCACUCGUUAUGGCAGCUGACCAGGCACGCCGUCGACAGCGCCAGCAACGUCACCAGAUACGUGCCACCUACUGCGCCACUGGCCUCGUCAAUGGCGUCUUCCCGCGAAGCAACAGUACAAGCUACGCAAGCAGCGCGGACACGUUGAAGCGCUCCGCGGAGGACGUUGGCGUAGCGGUGUCAACGCCGGCAAGCAAGAGCCUCACCUGGGUCGAGCGCGUGGAGAAUGGAGGUAAGGGUGGUGGGGUAGCACCUCGUGCCGGCAGCACCGCCACCGCCUCCAACUCAACGCCGUGCGUACGAGAAGCAGGCCCCGCUGCAGCGCAGGUGGGACGGUGGCGGCCCAUGCCACCGACAACGGACUGCGCUGCGCGUCGCCGGGGUGGUGCCUCCGUCGCUGUAAGUGCGACGCCCGCACCGCAAGCAGCGACCUUCGUCGAGGCUCCGCGGCGUCGUCAACAGGCGCUCGAUCGGCGCGCCCGAAAGCUGCAGCGCUUGUUGUCUCGCUGUCGUGAGACAGAGGUCGAGCUGUGCAGCAGCUUUCGGCUGCACCUGCAUCGGUAUCGACUGCACUGGGAAAAUGUGGCGGACGCAGAGGAAAUUACGAGCGUGGUGUGGCUCAACGCGCAGCACCCGCAGCUCUCCCUGUCGGCCGACGCGGCGGAUGCGUCUGCUGCAGUGUUGGCAGAUGCACUCGAUGUAGAGCACGCCAGGCUUGCCCUCGUUGUGGCACAGCGACAGCUGUUCCUGCUCUGCAGCAACGGGCAUGAGAGCGCUUUAAGCGGGUGUCUUACUGUGCGCGUGCCGUCACGGCUCCCUGGCAGUUCCUCGGUGCUGAAAAGUGUCAGUGGAACAAUGCCGAAAGAAGGAAUGGCCGUUGGAGCGCCGGUGUGGGGCGCCAGCGGUGAUGGAACGAACGUAGAGGGCGACGUAGUGCCUCCAGAAGCCGUAGAGGCCGCGGCGACAGAGGAGUUUGAGGUGGACCUCGGCUGCCUCCUGCGCGACGACGAGUACUUCACGUCUUCCAGCUCAGCUGUCGCAGUUGCGCCACCGGCGCCAUCGGCGGUGACGGCAGUGGCGCUGCGCUGGUUUGCGGUCGCCAUCUCCACCAGUCAGGGCGAAGUUCUCCUCCUUCGCGUGCAAGUGCCGCAUGAUCAUGAAAAGCACAGCGACACUCUGGGCACACCGACAACCCCCUUCACUGGCUCUGGAGCGAGGCCGCCAACGGCCGCCUCGCACCACCUGAGCACCAAUAUCCUUCCCAGGACCAGCAUUACACUGUGUCGACGACUGAGCUUCACCGGCUCCAUCGUCAACCAGGCAGCCGCAGCAGAGAGGGACGAGACCGAGGCCGGCACCAGCGGUGCCGCACUUCACCGCAAUACGGCCGUGCCUCGUGCAACAUGCGUUGAGCUGUGCACGCUGCCGCCCGAGCUGGGAACGUCGCUUGACGCCAGCGCCCCGUCACUUCCGUUGGACGCAGCCGCAACGGUGAUGGAGAGAGUGGCGCUGUUCGCAGGCUGCACUGACGGCUCGGCACGGGUGUGGCUAGCGGCGGCACCCCCUGUAGUGCCGCACGCUCGCCGUGCGUCGCCAGCUGGUAUCGAGAUGGACGAAACCCCUGCGCAGUCGCGCAUUGAUGGCGCCAGUGACGCCUUUAUCGGCUGCUUUUAUUGUACCAGCAGCGUCACCGUUGUCUCCGGCUUGCUGAACUACAGCGUGCCGCGCGCCAGUGGCGGCGGAGUAUCAGCACUGGUACCGUCCUCGCGGUGGAUUGUGGGUGACACCCUUGGCAACGUCUAUCAGCUCCGGCUGGAGCGAGACCCCCCUGGUGGUGUAGCCGCUCUGCUGAGCAACUCAUGUGACAUGCUGACCGCGGCCGGCGGCGGCGCGAGGAGCGGCAACGCAGAGGUGCGAAUGACCCGGGCGGCGGCAGAAAACAUCCAUGCGGAGCCGUGGGCUCGGUCGCUUCAGCGGUUGACCACUAUGAUGAGCAGCGCCCCUCCUGCUUCGGCGGCGGGAGCGAUGCAGACGCCCGGUGCCAACGAUAGUGCUGAUGAGGGUUGUCUGGCCGGUGGCCGCACGACGGCCAGCGAGGCUGUCGGCACCCUGGCGUGGCCCGGGUGGUCGUCGCACUCGUCGGAGAAUUGGUUGGCGCCGGUGGAUGUUUCGUCAGCGCUGCCAACGCUGCUGAGGCGCGCUGCGUCAGCGACCGGCGUCAGAGCGGAUGCAACCUCCGAAUGGCGAAACACGAACGGCAAGCCGCGGACGGCAAUGCUGUCUCCUUCCGUCGGCGCUGCGGAUCGGACUCCGGGGGCCGGCGACGCAACUCUUCAGCUUUCGACUGCCGCCCCGUUUUGCUCGACCCUUGUCAGCUUCCCUCCCGUGCAGUGGUCGUGUCUCCCUGAUCUGCCCUCGGUGCAGCGGGCAGGUGCUGCUGUCGUUUCCAGCGCAACAGGCGGUGCCGCCGAGGAUGUGACUGCGCGCGGUUCUGACGGGCCUGCUCACUUGACAUGGCUGGGCGGCAUCGGACUCUCCUCUCCGCCCACAGCGCUGCCGUCUUUCGCGACCGGACCGCGCGCGAGCCAGAGCGUGCUGGAGCGCCAAGGUGCCGAUAACGACGGAGGAGAGUUCGCGGCAGCGCAGAGUUUUCAGGUGCCACUGACGAGUCUCUUGGCAAGGUAUCGUUCGCAGGGGGCGGGUACGGACAGCGGUACUCCAGUGAGCUGGCGCGGUGAGACGGCGGCUGCGGUGAGACUGCCAAGACGCGGCAAAGCAAAUCCCAGUGUGCAUGUUGAGGUGCCAGCCCUGCCGCUGCCCAAGCAGCUGCUAACGCAAGGCGACCGCCAGCACCACCUCAUCAACGCCGACGACGAGGACGAGGAAGACUACUUUGCCGUCCUGUACACGGCAGAGCCACUGGUGCCGCAGUCUCCGUGCGCCGGUGGCUCAGAGGCAAGGCGUGCCUGGCUUCUUCACCAGCAAGAGGUGCUGAAGGAGGCGAUGCGCGUGCAGCGGUACAACAAGCUGGCACGACGGGCGCUGGAGGCGUACCAGCGGCGCACGGCUACCGCGAUGGGGCUCUGA